AUGCUUCGUCAAAUAGCGGUAUCGAUAUCAUUAGCAACUCUUUUGGUGGCUAUCGAAAGUGCACGCAAUUGUCCAAUUGGAUCGUUUAGUUCACCCAUUUCGGAGACAAAAUGUUUCAACUUCACAAUACCGAAAGCCAAUUUCUUCCUUGCAUCCGAAUCGUGCAGAGAAGUACCGAACGCAUCGCUGGCUGUAAUUUCGAACAUCUUCGAGAAUGCCGCUUUGAGAGCAUACGCAAUGAACUACGAUGAUGAGCCAAACGUGUGGAUUGGUUUGAACGAUGUGGCUGAAAAUGGGGAUUGGAACUGGAUUAAUGGCGAGAGAACAGAAUUCACAAAGUGGGCACCAGGUUAUCCGAAGAGUGAGCCAAAUGCGUUGUGUGUUGCACUGAACACCAAGACUGGAUUUUGGGAGAACAAGGAUUGUGCCGAUCGUUUGCCAUUCUUCUGUAGCAGGGAUGGACUACAAACAAUGGACAGCUAUGGACUAGAAAAUCACGGUCAUUAUACGGAACCCGUCAAGCGUUCCCUUCUCCCACUGAUCGGACCUGCUUGA